UUCAACAGGAUAUUUUGUCACUAUGGUUACAGGCGGCCGAUCUUGAUUGCCGCGUGUCCUGCCGCUCACAUCGAGGACAGAUAGCUGUAGCGGUGUCAGGACCGCCCUUCUAGUUGUGAUAAGUGUCAAGUCUUCUGGAUCCAUGUGACUUGAAGCAGAGGGAAAACGCACUGCAUCCGUGAAGAUCUGUUCUUGUUUUGUUUCAAGCCCAAUGCCUCUGGUGCAAAGAUAAAGGUAGUGGAUCCAAAAAUAUGAAGAUGGCUUCUGCAGCGCCUGUGACCUUUGUCUUCACCUCCCCCAACAAUGACUCUAACAAGACCACCUGUGACACCCUGUACGCCCACCGGGACUACGCCAGGGUCUUCAUGCCUCUGUUCUACUGCGUGGUGUUCCUGGUGGGGCUGUUCGGGAACAGCCUAGCCCUCCAUGUCAUCCGCCCCAAUAUGAAGAAGAUGAACUCCACCACCCUGUACUCUCUCAACCUGGUGGUCUCCGACAUCCUCUUCACCCUCUCCCUGCCCGUGAGGAUAGUCUACUACGCCCUGGGCUUCCACUGGCCUCUGGGCGAGGCGCUGUGCAAGAUCUCGGGAUUCGUAUUCUACAUCAACACCUACGCCGGGGUGAACUUCAUGACCUGCCUCAGCGUGGACCGCUUCAUCGCCGUGGUCCUGCCUCUGCGGUUUGCGCGGCUCAGGAACGUCAGCAACGUGCGUUACAUCUGCGUGGGCGUGUGGCUGCUCGUCCUGGCGCAGACCCUCCCCCUCUUUGGAAUGCAAAUGACCAACCUGGAACCCGAUGGCUUCAUCACCUGCAUGGAAUACCCCAACUUUGAGAAGGUCGAUAACGUCGCCACCAUGCUGAUCGGCGGCAUCUUCCUGGGCUACGUCCUGCCCCUUCUCACCAUCCUCGUGUCGUACUCCGUCCUGUGCUCCAAACUCCACUUCUCGGCCAAGAGCAACCGUCUGACGGAAAAGUCGGGCCGGAGCCGCAAGGCCAUCGGCGUGAUCUGCUGCGUGUCCCUGGUGUUCAUCGUCUGCUUCAGCCCCUACCACAUCGACAUCCUGCAGUACAUGAUCCGCAAGCUGGUGUCGAGCCCCGACUGCGUGGACUUAACGGCCUUCCAGGUGUCGCUGCACAUCACCGUGUGCCUGAUGAACCUCAACUCCUGCCUGGAUCCCUUCAUCUACUUCUUUGCCUGCAAGGGCUACAAGAGGAAACUCCGGAAGCUGCUGAAGCUGCACGUCAGCAUGUCCUUCUCCAGCGCGGUGAGGACGUCACCCGAAGGCUCCUCCAAGGACAUUCUCGACGGCAACAAGAUCCAACUCAACAGCUGUACUGUGGGCUCCACCAGCGAGAGGCUCACGGAGAGGAGGUAUCACCACGGCGAGUAGAUGAAACAACCAAGGCACUAAGAGCUACGCGAAAGGCGAGGACCUUUUAAGCUUGAGGCCCGCUUUAAUCAAGGCCAGUCAAACAGUGUCUUGCAGAGAUUGUCCGUGAACAUUGGAGUCCUGUUGUCAGGGCUUUUGCCAUAUGGAUCCGAGAGAAAUCCAGCUGUUAACAUAAGGACAGUUUUCUAAGUGCCUCAACAGAGCGACAGAAUGAAAAUCCAGCACUUCCCUUGUUUACAUAUUUUGUUAUUAGUUAUGUUAGUUAUUAGUUAUUAUGAAUGUCUCAGGGAAGCAGAGAUCAGUGCAGCAAUGGAAGGAAAAAGGACUGAAUGUGAAGCAUGAAUCGGAGUUGAGGUGGAGUUGAAAACAAGUCUUACCCACAUUCAAAUUCUUAUGCACUGGAAAAGCUCAAGUACAGCGUGUAAGGAGUGCAGCGGGACACUCAAAUGAAAGCAAGAAAAACAGCGUAAAAUGUGCAAACAGGCGAUAACCUCACAUCCGGUCCCAUACUCACUGGGUUACUUUUAUGAACCAACACGAGCUUCUUUCCAAAACACAAUCACACUCACAACCUCAGUUCUUUAUUGCCGCACAGUGUAAUACCUCAAGAAAGUGUACACUCAUCAUUUCAUGGGCUGCCAACUGAAUUAAGCUUAAUUAAUGGUAAACAGCAUGUAUUUCUCUGUUUUAGCAUUCAUUUCCUCGUUGUAAAAGUGGAUUGGUCUGUGAUAUCAUUUAAUUUAAAGGGGCCGUGAGGGUUUUUUCUUGUGAACAUACUGUAGUUAUGUUUACAUGCUAUACUAUUCGCCAUGAUGCAAAGUGUUUAUUUCCUGAGUUCCACCAUCUGUGCUUUAUUUUCCUCAUUAAACAUUUGCUGAGCUAAUUCUUUGGGUACUGUGAA